AUUUGCCGGCUAAUAUGUGGUAAACUACCCCCUUGUAUCGGGCGCGAUUACGUAUUCCUGCAAAGAUGGUUGCCGGCAUAGAAAUUUUAGAAGCUUCAACUUUAGCAAAAAAAGCCCCAGAAGCGGUCGAUAACGUCGUAGAGGAUGAAGUUGACGACCUAGAGGACAACGACGUGACUGACGAGGACAAUGCUGUGGCAAAUGGCGAAGACGAAUCCGAUGAAGAAAGCGAAGAUGAAGAAGAAGAUGAAGAUGAGGAAGAUCCUGAAGACUUACAAGAAACGCUGAGAGAAAAAUGUGGCGAACUUUCAAAGUGCGUGGCUUUGAAAAACGAGUUUGAUGCUUGUGAAAGCCGUGUUAGCAGCAGGCAACGAACAGAGGAGAACUGUGCACAAGAAUUGCUCGAUUUCGUAGGAUGUGUGGAUAAGUGUGUUUCAAAGUCAUUAUUUUCCCAUUUAAAAUAAGAAAAUGUAUUUUAUUCUCAAGUUAAUGAAGCAUCGGACAAAGUAAAGGUACUAAAGAAGAGUAAUUACACUCUUGUACAAAAGUCCCAACCUUAUUGCUGGCCGCAUGCAAGCUAUUUCAUUGACUUCUAUUUAAAGGUUGAAGUUGCUAAGUUGUUUAUUAAAAGAAAGAAAUGUUUUGUA